AUACAAUUCGCGUAAAUGCAAAUAUCGACUAAAAUAAUAUUUUGGCAGUGAAAUUCCGACAAAAGCCCAGUACCACAUUCAAUGCAGCCAAAAAGUUCAUAUUUUUACUUCGUAAGCAACGAAAUGUUGCUGCCACUCACACAGUGUAUGGAAAUAACCACAUUGACAUAUUUGCGAAUACUAAGGUGCUUUUAUUCCAGAAGAGAAAAGGAACUCUUUAAAAAUAGGUACUUCUUUCGAAUGCACCUCGCACUGAUACAUAAUAGCAUCAUGACAUCACAUGACCUGAUAGUCGAUGGAUCACGUGGCUACACACUUCCCACAAUCCCUGGUAAACACAGCGACCUCAAAUCCAUCAGCGCAGACACGAUGGCGGAAGUCUUGAAUGGAGUCUACAGCGACCGCCUGCAUAAGGUGACGAUCGUGGACUGUCGAUAUCCGUACGAGUUCGAAGGAGGUCACAUCCGCGGUGCAGUUAACAUGUUCACGAGGGACGCUGUAAAUAGUCUCCUGGAGACCCAGACGACAGCAGGGAAACGUCACGUGCUCAUCUUCCACUGUGAAUUCUCGUCCGAGCGCGGACCAAGAAUGUACCGGCACUUGCGCAGUCAGGAUCGAGCCUUGAAUCAGGAUCAUUACCCGAAACUGAACUUCCCGGAAGUGUACCUCCUCCACGGUGGAUACAAAGCCUUCUAUGAAUCCCACGGUGACCUAUGUGACCCCGAUAGCUACACUCCCAUGUUGCACCUAGAUCACUGCGCGGACCUACGUCACUUCCGUGUCAAGUCCAAAACGUGGACCGCCGGUAGUGAGAAAGUCAGCAGCAGGCGACAUCGCAGUCGGAUUUUCCCUUCCGGUCUAGACUUUUAG